CAGAUUUAUAUGGGGUAAACAUUAAGCAGAAAGUAGUAUGUCACAUCAAGCAACACGUCGCGCACCUGUUGUUGCGCCAACAAGCCUAGAAUGUCCAUUAGCUUCAUUAGGCCGUAACAGCAAUGCAGUUUUGGACUCGCUAACAGGUCAUCAUCCACCACCUUAUCAUCAUCCACUUAGUUCGAGUCCACUAGAUCCACAAAUAUAUCAAAUGUCACGGAAAUCACCUGAUUUGAGUAUUGACACAGAUGAUAUCAUAUACACUUCCUCAGUAUCACAGCAAGGCGAUACAGUGGAUGGUCUUAUAAAUGAAAUUACGAAUAUGGAAGAAGAUGCUGCAGCAGCGGCAGCGGCGGCACAACGUAAUCAUGUACUGCCUGAAAUGUAUCAACUCUCACGUAGUUCUUCGCACAGUUCACUAGAACAAGCUUUACCCGUCCCGCAUAAAGCAGCAACCUUCGAGUUGCGUGGACGACAUGGUUUUAGUGCCAACAAUGGCAUAUGCGCUGCAAUGUCUUCAGCAUCUGUGGGACGUAGUGCUCAUCAACAACGCUCAACACAAGCGCAGCAUAAGAACUUUUUAGCUUUGGAGCAUUUACUGCAAUACGGACGACAUGAACGCACGCCGAGUGCGUAUUUGUUGCCCGGCAAUAAUGCAGACACAGAAGACUCUAGUGAUGCUGCUGUUGGAGAUGUACGCAUACGUCGACAUCAAGGUGGACGUUGCAGUGUGCCCACUGUUUCCAGCAAUUGCGCACGUAAUAAUCAAUAUUAUUUAGAAAAUAAAAUGGAUGCUUUAUAUUUGAGAAGUGGUAUGCGUGGUUUACCUUUGGGUUCAGAAGCGAAUCACUUUCAAAAUGAACGCUACUAUUUAGAAGAUGGUCUACGGAAUAUGUGUGAUUAUAGUGGUAAUGAUAGAAUAACAGAAGGUCACUUAAUACAUCAUCGAGCUUCAAGUCCAAGCGAAACUAGUGGUUCGGAUCGUUAUUUAUUAAAUCGGACAAGUUCGCCUUCUAAUGCAUUUAGCUCCUCAAAUCAUUUGGAUCACUUUUCUAAUUCAAAUAAUACUACUUCAUCAUCAAAUUUAGCUUUGGAUCAACGUUUUCACCAUGGAAAAGUGAAAAGUCUCUCAGAUGGUCUUUGUAAUUUAGGACGCUUUUCACCUAGUCUAGACCAAGGUUAUGCAACUUUAGUCUCACCUUCACCAACAGGCCAUCAUCCAAAUACCAUAACCACACAUAGCAUAGUACACCAUCAACCGAAUGUAGCUUUAACUGCCGCAACAGCACGUAGACACUUAGAAGCAGGUCCACCGCCAUGGGGUAAAAAAGGUCCCUAUCGUUCUGGUCCACUAUUUGAUCGCUUGCCUGAUGAAGCUAUAAUUAAAAUAUUUAGUUGGUUCGAUAGUUGUGAAUUGUGUAAAGUAGCAAGAGCAUGUCGACGUUUCGAACAGCUAGCCUGGAAACCCAUACUUUGGAAAGUUAUUUCCCUGAAAGGUGAACACCUAAAUGGUGACAAAACACUUAAAAUGAUAUUUCGUAAACUAUGCGGACAAAGCCGAAAUGGUUCUUGCAUGGAAGUUGAACGCGUUUUACUUGCAGACGGCUGUAGAAUAUCAGAUAAAGGUCUACAACUGCUAACACGACGUUGUCCAGAAUUAACGCAUCUGCAAUUGCAAAUGUGUGGAUGUAUAUCAAAUCAAGCCAUGAUAGAUGUACUCACCAAAUGCACCAAUUUGCAGCACCUUGAUGUAACAGGUUGCAGUCAAGUAAAUAGCAUUAGUCCAAACCCUAACCUGGAGCCAACUCGUAGAUUGCUACUGCAAUAUUUAGACUUAACAGAUUGUAUAGCCAUUGAUGACGUGGGUCUUAAAAUAGUGGUAAAAAACUGUCCUCAGCUUAUAUAUUUGUAUCUAAGAAGAUGCAUACAAAUAACAGAUGCGGGUCUGAAGUAUGUGCCAAGUUUUUGUAUAGCUCUAAAAGAGCUGAGCGUAUCGGACUGUGUAAAUAUAACUGAUUUCGGUCUCUACGAACUAGCAAAAUUGGGCGCUGCGUUACGUUAUCUCUCUGUGGCGAAAUGUGAUAGAGUCUCCGAUGCGGGACUAAAAGUAAUAGCGAGACGUUGUUAUAAACUACGUUACUUGAAUGCACGAGGCUGUGAGGCAGUUAGCGACGAUUCCAUUACAGUGCUCGCCAGAUCAUGUCCACGUCUGCGUGCACUGGAUAUUGGUAAAUGCGAUGUUAGUGAUGCUGGUCUACGUGCAUUGGCGGAAAGCUGUCCCAAUCUGAAGAAGUUGAGUUUACGAAAUUGUGAUAUGAUAACUGAUCGUGGCGUACAAUGCAUCGCUUACUACUGCCGUGGUUUACAACAACUGAAUAUACAGGAUUGUCAGAUAUCAAUUGAAGGUUAUAGAGCAGUUAAAAAAUAUUGCAAACGUUGUAUAAUUGAGCACACAAAUCCAGGAUUUUGUUAAGAUUUAGAAAAGUUACUUAUUGAUACUGAUAAGAAAUAUUGUACAUUUUUUAAACUAGAAAAUUGAUUUUGAGAGGCAAUAGUUGAAACUUAAUUUGUAGUUAGUAUUUUUAUGAAAGGAAUUAGUUAAACGAUUUUUUAAUAUAAUUAUUAAAUAUAUUGGAGAUAUAAUGCGUAUAUGUGCAAAGUUCUUA